UCGAGGCAACUGGCGAAGUAAUCGCCAGAUAUCGUGCAGAUUCAAUCAAGCGUAGUGGUUCCACGCGUUGAAGGGCGAUUGCUUGUAAUAUUAAGUGUUUUUCCAGGCAGAUAGUGCAUUUGGUACCCACAGGAGCAAGAUGACCAAAGGUACAUCCAGCUUCGGAAAGCGGAAAAAUAAGUGCCACACGUUUUGCCGUCGCUGUGGUCGGAGUUCGUAUCACAUCCAGAAAAAACGCUGCGCCAGCUGUGGCUAUCCGGCACGGAAGAUGCGAUCAUAUAACUGGUCUAAGAAGGCCAAAUCAAGAAGGACAACUGGUAGCGGCCGGCUACGUCAUCUUAAAAGAUUGCAUCGGCGUUACCCAUGCUUGUAAAUCAGCCGCUUCAGAAUGUAGUAAUUAGCAUUUUUGGUCUGUACGGCAAAUUUUGCCAACAACAGCAUUAUUAGUUACUUACAAAUAAUUCUGAAUGCUUGUAAUAAAUAGAAUAUAGUUAGAAAAAUCUUA